AUGGAGUCCAACCUGCAGGGGACAUUCCUGUUGAACAACACAUCGCUGGCUCAGUUCUCAGAGAUGAAGUCUCCCAUGUGCCAGUAUUCGGUGCAGAACUCCUUCUACAAGCUCAGUCCUCCAGGCCUGGGCCCCCAGCUGGCUGCUGGGACACCUCACGGGAUCACGGACAUCUUGAGCAGGCCAGUGGCCACGCCAAACAGCAGCCUCCUCUCCAGCUACCCCCAUGUGACAGGCUUUGGUGGACUUGGCUCCCAAGGGGUCUACUAUGGCCCCCAGGUAGGGAAUUUUUCCAAGGCUGGGAAUGAGUACCCCACCCGGACCCGGAACUGCUGGGCGGACACCGGCCAGGACUGGCGAGGCGGACGACAGUGCAGCAACACACCAGACCCCCUGAGUGACAGCAUCCACAAGAAAAAGCAUACCCGGCCCACCUUCACAGGACACCAGAUAUUUGCUCUGGAGAAAACCUUUGAGCAAACCAAGUACUUGGCUGGUCCUGAGAGGGCACGGCUGGCAUACUCUCUGGGGAUGACCGAGUCCCAGGUGAAGGUGUGGUUCCAGAACCGAAGGACCAAGUGGCGGAAGAAGAGUGCCCUGGAACCUUCGUCCUCCACGCCCCGGGCGCCGGGCAGUGCGGGCGGGGAGCGCGCGGCCUCCGAGACCGAGGACGACGAGUACAACAAGCCGCUGGACCCCGACUCAGACGACGAGAAGAUCCGACUGCUGCUCCGCAAGCACCGCGCCGCCUUCUCCGUGCUCAGCCUGGGCGCGCACAGCGUCUGA